AUUAUGUCUGGCAGAGGGAAAGGAGCCAAAGGUCUGGGGAAAGGCGGAGCGAAGCGGCACCGCAAAGUGCUUCGCGAUAACAUCCAGGGCAUCACCAAACCGGCCAUCCGCCGCCUGGCUCGCCGUGGCGGUGUCAAGCGCAUUUCGGGCCUGAUCUACGAGGAGACCCGCGGGGUGCUGAAGGUUUUCCUGGAGAAUGUGAUCAGGGAUGCGGUCACCUACACCGAGCACGCCAAGCGGAAGACGGUCACCGCCAUGGAUGUGGUGUACGCUCUGAAACGCCAGGGCCGCACUCUCUACGGAUUCGGCGGCUGAACAAAUCUACUUGAUUCUAUAACAAAACCCAACUCCCUGACCUUCCAGAGACCCCUGACUGGCCCUGUUCCCCAAUUGCCCU